AUGCGAUUUUUAGAUGAUACGGGCCAGGCCCAUCACAAAUUAGUGCUGUGGAGAAAUCCGCAGAAGACGGCCGACUACGCGAUAUGCGACAGUAUUGAGCUGUGGCAGGGCUACAUAGUCUCGGCGAAAGGCGUUUUUGCCGUUGACGAAGACUCGUACUUCAACCACCUGUGCGUCGCAGAGCAGCCGGUGCUGUACACCACAAACAGGUUUCUGUCCAAAAUAGGCGUCCCACGGCUGCCAAUUUUCGAGGACAGCUGGAGGGAGUACGUGGACGACCAGAACUCGUCGCCUACCUUGGUGUUCCGCGACUCUGUGUACCCCGCAAUCUUCGUGAUCAGCACGGCUGCGGUUCUUGCGGUGUUUCUCACGGCCAUUCUUUUCAACAAGCACCACAUCAGAUCGCUGAAGCCAACGUGGAUCAUGAAGAUAUCCAGCAUACUCGCCACCGGACAGCUGAUGGCAAUCUACAUCUACUCGCUCGUCUACCUGUCCAGACAGAACUCGAGAGGACAUGUCUCGGCUUUGGAGCUGGUCGACGCCAUCACCGACUCGCUUGGAUUCAACAUCGUUUACAUCAUCACCUACUUUCUGCUGCUCCUGACACAGAUCGAGGUGAUCAAAAAGAUGUUUUCUCGCAAAAGAGAACGGCAGCUGAUCCUGGUGGUCGGAGUCAGUCUUGCCAUCAUUUCGCAGAUCAUCUGGGCCGCCUCGACGCUGGCCUCCAAGACGAACAGCUCCGCGGACCAGAACGUUGCGCUUGUGAUUCUGCCCGUGGUGAUGUAUCUGCUGCGAAUAUCGCUAUCGGUGCUUUACGACUGUCUUUUGCAGGUGUACGCCAUUUCCCGCAAAGACCUCGCUUUCAAGCCCACCGUGCUGCCCCUGACGCUGCUCAUGGAGCUCUGUGCAAACGCGUCCGUCGCGUUCUACAUCGCCGACCUGGCUAACCCGUGGGUCAGUCGGCUCGCCGAAAUAUUCAACAUCACCUGCUCGCUGCUCGUCAACGGGGUCACCUGGGAGUGGCUCAACCGCAUGUACCAGCUGGACAAAUACCGCCAAAAACAGGGAGUUCUAGGUCGCCAGCUGUUUGAGGAGACAGACGCGCGAUACUCCAAAUGGUUCAAUCUCAAGCCGAAGUUUGUCAAGUUCAAGAAGUCGCUAAAGCAGAAAGAGAUCACCACCACCACUUCCGACACCUACGUGCCCUACGAGGUGUACAUCUACAGUCCGAAAGAGAUGAUUGUGCCUCCGACAUCGCUGGUUUCGCGGCCAAUCGUCCGCGGAGACAGGACAAGAGACCCUGUGGUGCACGAUGUCCGUCAGCUCUCGCAGGUCGAGCCGGAGUCGGAAGAGGACUCUGAAGAAGAACGAUUACUAAGACGCAUUCGAGCGUGGAACGAAGAACAUGUUUGA